GCAAAGUUAUUCUUUAAGAAUACAACAAAGUUUUUAUUGAAAAUAUAUAUAUUUUUUUUAAUUUAUCUAAAAAAACAAAAUGUACAAAUUGUUUGUCCUUGCUGCUCUUUUCGCUGUGACCGCUGCCCGUCCCGGUUAUUUGGGCUCAUCACCGAUAUUGUACUCUUCUCCCACCUACAUUCAAGAACCAGCUCUUGUUAGUGUUGGUUCGGUUGUUAAAUCUAUACCCACCGCCGUUUCUCAUCAAUCUAUCUCACAGGUUCACUCCUCAGCUCAUUAUGUUGAACCAAUUGUAGCUCCUGUUCUAAAGACUACUUAUGUUUCUCCUGUGGUCAAAACAAUUGCUACCCCAGUUGUACACAGCAGUUAUGGUUCAGCUCCAGUAUAUAAAACUUAUGCUCAUGAAGCUCCACUUUUGCAUAGUUACAGUGCUGGAACCGUAUUAAAAUCCUAUGCUCCCAGCUAUGGCUCUCACUACUCGCAAUGGUAAAUGGAGUUCGAAUAGCAAGGAAAAGAACUAAUAAAUAUUUUGUAUUAAAAACAGUAUUAAACGAUUAAAUCUAUUGUUACGAUGAAAUAAAUUCAAAACA